GCCACGCUCAUUGCAUCGUUUUAUUUCGCCACUUUACUUCUAACUCCCACGCCCGCGCACCCUCUCCGCCGGCAUCGUGCUUUUCUUUUCCUCUCCCUAUCUUCCUCUCUCCUCCAACCACGCCGGCACGCACCAUUGCUCACUGCAUUCUUCUGCUCGUCGGCCGAGGUCCACACUCACUCUUCUCCAACCCCUCUCUCUCAAUCGUUUGUUGCUGACUACGUAUACAUCAUUUUGAUUUCAUUCGAAAAUUGGGUAAAGUUGGAGCGACGUCAAAUUUGAUUUGAAAUCCUGUAUCGCUUAUGGAGGGAACUUCAGCAACAUUAUGGAGGAUCUUGAGCAUUUUCAGGUUUGAUGUUGAUUGCCCAUGUUUCAUCACCACGCCUUUGAUGCAUUAUCCACUUUCUACUUUGAUUUUACUCUGUAAGUUCGAAUGAUGAUUUUUAAUUCCUUUCGAACACCAUGAGAAAUGCCAUAGAUGUCCGAGUUUUGGCAAACCGUUACGCCGCACAAUUGCAACUCUGUUGCCCACAAAAUCCCUCUUCAUUUUCACUUGCUCGGACUGUUCAUGCCCACAUGAUUGUUUCGGGAUUCAAGCCUCGUGGCCAUCUUGUCAAUCGUCUGCUUGAUAUAUACUGGAAAUCGUCUAAUCUUGUGUAUGCCCGCCAACUGUUCGACGAAAUUCCCAAUCCAGAUGCUGUAGCCAGGACUACAUUGAUUACGGCAUACUCUAACUUGGGAAAUUUGAAUAUGGCUCGAGAAAUAUUCAAUGGAACUCCAUUGAAUAUGAGGGAUACUAUUUUCUAUAAUGCAAUGAUUACUGGGUUUUCGCAUAACGUUGAUGGUCAUUCUGCUAUUGGACUGUUUCAUGCUAUGAGACGAAGCAAUUUUCGGCCUGACGACUUUACAUUUACAAGCGUGCUCAGUGCUUUAGCGCUUAUUGUUGAUAAUGAGCAGCAGUGUGGCCAAAUGCACGGUGCGGUGGUGAAAUCUGGAACUGGGCUUGUUUCUUCAGUGUUGAAUGCUCUUCUAUCUGUUUAUGUUAAAUGUGCUUCUUCGCCGUUGGUGUCAUCUUCGUCACUGAUGGCAUCAGCUAGGAAACUGUUUGAUGAAAUGCCACAAAGGGAUGAGUUAACAUGGACAACAUUGAUUACUGGGUAUGUGCGGAACGAUGAUUUGAAUGGCGCUCGUGAACUUCUUGACACGAUGACUGAAAAGCUCGGGGUAGCUUGGAAUGCAAUGAUCUCUGGAUAUGUGCAUCAUGGUCUUUUCGAGGAUGCCUUGACACUGUUUAGGAAAAUGCGUUUUCUUGGUGUCGAGCUCGAUGAGUUCACCUAUACGAGUGUAAUCAGUGCUUGUGCCAACGGUGGUUUUUUUCAACUGGGAAAAGAGUUGCAUGCUUACAUUCUUAAAAAUGAGCUGAACCCAAAUCAUGAUUUUUUAUUGUCUGUGAGUAAUUCAUUGAUUACUUUGUACUGGAAAUAUGGGCGUAUGGAAGAAGCAAAGUCUUUCUUUGCUCAAAUGCCAGAGAAAAGCCUUCUUACAUGGACUGUAAUGAUUUCAGGAUUAGCUCAAAAUGGAUUUGGAGAAGAGGGUUUGAAUCUGUUUAACCGCAUGAGGUUAGAUGGUUAUGAACCCUGUGAUUAUGCCUUUGCAGGAGCAAUUACAGCUUGUUCUGUGCUUGGAUCAUUGGAGAAUGGCCGCCAGCUCCAUGCUCAGCUUAUCCAUCUUGGCCAUGAUUCAAGCCUCUCAAUUGGCAAUGCAAUGAUCUCAAUGUAUGCAAGAUGUGGAGUGGUUGAAGCUGCCAGAUCUGUGUUCCUCACCAUGCCAUUCGUCGACUCGGUUUCGUGGAAUGCAAUGAUUGCAGCACUUGGACAACAUGGCCAUGGCGUAAAAGCAACAGAACUAUAUGAACAAAUGUUGAAAGAGGGUAUACUUCCUGAUAGAAUAACAUUUCUUACAGUUCUCUCUGCGUGUAGUCAUUCAGGUUUGGUCGAAGAAGGACGCCGCUAUUUUAACUCAAUGUUCGAAAAUUAUGGUAUCACUCCUGGUGAGGAUCAUUAUGCUCGGAUGAUCGAUUUGUUUUGUCGAGCAGGGAAGUUCUCAGAUGCAAAGAAUGUCAUUGAUUCCAUGCCUUGCAAACCCGGGGCACCAAUAUGGGAGGCUCUUCUAGCUGGUUGUCGAAUUCAUGGGAACAUGGAUUUAGGAGUAGAAGCUGCUGAAAAGCUUUUCGAGCUAAUGCCACAAAACGACGGGACGUAUGUACUUUUGUCGAACAUGUACGCCAAUGUUGGCCGGUGGAACGAUGUCGCUCGGGUGCGAAAACUAAUGAGGGACCGAGGGGUUAAAAAGGAGCCUGCUUGUAGUUGGACCGAGGUUGAGAACAAGGUUCAUGUGUUCUUGGUGGAUGAUACAGUGCACCCUGAGGUGCUGUCUGUGCACAAUUAUCUAGAGGAAUUGAGCCUUGAAAUGAAGAAAGCAGGAUAUGUUCCAGACACAAAGUAUGUGUUACAUGAUAUGGAAUAUGAGCACAAAGAGUAUGCGUUGGCUACUCAUAGCGAGAGGCUUGCGGUUGGGUUUGGGCUAAUGAAGCUCCCUCCAGGCGCCACGGUCAGGGUGUUCAAGAACCUUAGGAUCUGUGGGGAUUGCCAUAAUGCAUUCAAGUUCAUGUCUAAAGUGGUGCGGAGGGAGAUAGUUGUGAGAGAUGGAAAGAGGUUCCACCAUUUCAAGAACGGUGAAUGCUCGUGCGGUAAUUACUGGUAAUUUUGAUUCCUACAUUAUUCUGUUCUCGGUAGUAGAGUUUGGCUUAGGCGUUGCCAGAACGAACAACAAAACUUUACGACAGCUGCAUUCAAGUAAUGUCUUUGGAUUUCACCUGUUUCAGUCUAUGAUUUAUAAAGGGUUUCUGCACAAAAUAGGAAACGGUCUCUGAGAGUUAACAUUUUCAUCAUCUUUGGUGAAAUCAAGUCCACUAUAUAGACGUUCAUGAACUACUCUACCAUAAUUCUUAGUGG